UCCCCCAAAUCCCAAUUCUUCCCAACCUGUCCUCACAUGAUCAUCUCUCCUGUCCACUUCUCUCCCUCUCUCCCUCUCUCCACGCUCAUCGCCUGCGAUGCUUCCACGAGGCCGAUGAAGAACACCACCACCACCACUCCGUCCUCUUCCUCCUCCUUCCCUAGCUCUGGAAACCCUAGACCACCAGCCCUACACCUUCACCACAAUUCCUCUCGCUCUUAAAUCCGAGAUCGAGAUGGUCAAGAAGAGCGUCCCCGAUUGGCUCAACAGCUCCCUCUGGUCCACCGCUCCUCCUCCCACCCCUCUCAACGAGGACGACGACGACGGCCGCCGCAUCGGAAAAUCUAGCUCCUCCGAUUCCGCCGCCGCUCCUUCUAAUUCUUCUUCGUCCAAAUCUGCUAAUACAACUACGACGCCGGUGAGGCAGCAGGCGACGGUGGUGCCGGUGAGGCCGGAGCCGCCUCCGGAAGUGGAGAUUAGGGAUCCGUUGAGUAGUAGUAAUAAUAAUGUUGAGAAUGGGAGCGGUACCGUUGAGAUUAGAGAUCCUACGGGUGACGACGUUUCUGUCCAAGCUCAGCUUUUACAAGAGCUUUCAAGGAAGGUUGUAAACAUUGGUGAAUUACGGAGACUAGCGUCACAGGGUAUUCCUGAUGGUGCCGGUAUUCGAUGUACAGUAUGGAAGCUUUUAUUGGGGUACUUGCCAACUGAUCGAGGGCUCUGGUCAUCAGAAUUAAUAAAGAAGAGGUCUCAAUACAAGCAUUUUAAAGAGGAGCUUUUGAUGAAUCCUUCAGAAAUCACGAGGAGGUUGGAUAAGUCCACGUAUAUAGAAAAGGAUGAAUCAUUACCUGAAACCGGUGUUGUACUCCCAAGAUCAGAGAUAACUCAUGGAGAGCACCCUUUGAGUCUUGGGAAGAGCAGCGUAUGGAAUCAGUUCUUUCAGGACACAGAGAUCAUAGAGCAGAUUGACCGAGAUGUAAAGCGUACACAUCCAGGCAUGCACUUUUUCUCAGGGGAGUCACAGAGUGCAACAAGCAAUCGGGAGGCUCUGAAGAACAUCUUAAUUGUGUUUGCGAAGCUGAAUCCGGGGAUAAGAUAUGUGCAAGGGAUGAAUGAAAUAUUGGCACCUUUAUUCUACGUGUUCAGAAAUGACCCUAUGGAGGAAAAUGCGGCCUGUGCAGAAGCAGACACGUUCUUCUGUUUUGUUGAGUUAUUGAGUGGUUUCCGGGAUCAUUUCUGUCAGCAACUUGAUAACAGCGUUGUUGGAAUCCGUGCCACAAUUACAAGGUUGUCGAGGCUUUUAAAGGAACACGAUGAAGAGCUCUGGCGUCAUCUAGAGGUCACAACCAAAGUCAAUCCUCAGUUUUAUGCAUUCAGAUGGAUAACUCUUCUCCUGACUCAAGAAUUCAAUUUUGCCGACAGCCUUCUUAUUUGGGAUACUCUUUUGAGUGACCUUGAAGGUCCUCAAGAAACUCUGCUUCGGAUAUGCUGUGCAAUGCUGAUUCUCAUCCGGAGGCGUUUACUUGCUGGCGAUUUCACUUCUAAUCUCAAGUUACUCCAACAUUAUCCCUCCACAAAUAUCAGCCACCUCCUAUAUGUCGCAAACAAACUGCGCACACAGCCAGCUCGGUAGUUCUUUCGGGGGGUUUUUUCCCCUUCUUGUUUUGCUUUAUUUUUCCUUUCCAUAUUGACGAAUUAAUCUCACUGUUCAUUUUUAUUUCUUCUGCUAUUUCCCCUUGUUCUUGUGCCUAAACUUUCUUGUAAAAUUACUGAUUGUAAAUGACAGUUAAAGUGAUAACUAGCGAGGGGUAUUCUUUCC